AACCUUACUCGUCCAGACGUGCAUUAGAGCCCUCGGUUUAGUGCCGCAUUUAGCCGACAGAGCGACCACCACCCAUCUCUCUCCACUGUCGCGUGCCGCCAUCUUUCGUAAGAUCAAUGCCAGGCCGUGCGGUUAUGAAUCUUACCAAACAGCCAAGAUCUCGUCGCGAUCCUAACAUCUUUCCUACCUCACAGCUCUUCUUCUUAGCGCUUGUUAGGCUUGCCGAGCCUGUUGCUCUCACCUCAAUCUUCCCCUACGCCUGGAAGCUCGUCCUCCACUACCACGUCACCGACGAGAAGAAUGCCGCCUUCUAUGCUGGUCUCCUCAUCUCGGCUUUUGCCCUCGCCGAAGCAUGCACUGGCAUGUACUGGGGCGGUCUUUCUGAUCGUGUAGGCCGAAAACCUGUGCUUCUAUUCGGUUGCGCAGGCACCCUCCUAUCUAUGCUUGUUGUCGGCUUUGCCCCCAACUUCUGGAUCGCUCUUCUCGGUAGGGCUCUCGGAGGCAUGCUCAAUGGAAACAUUGGCGUCAUCCAGACUAUGGUCGGUGAAUUAGUACACAAGCCAGAACAUGAACCUCGCGCCUAUGCUGUGAUGCCUUUCGUGUGGAGUGUGGGAACUAUCGUUGGUCCGUCAAUUGGCGGCUAUUUUGCUGAACCUGCUGUCAUGUUCCCAUCCGUCUUUGCAUCUGAUGGUGUUUUCGGGCGCUUUCCCUACCUCCUGCCGAAUCUUCUCUGUGCAUUGAUGCUCUUGGGCUCAAUCCUUGCUGGCUUCUUUUUCAUUGAUGAAACCCACCCUGAUAUGCAGCCCUGGAGCACACCAGCUGAUUUGCAAACCACGUCUGCUGAGACUCCUUUGAUGCCAACAUCAGGCGCAAUGUCCCAUGCCGCUGCCAAUCUGGCCACCGAGUCGUAUGGUACGUUUGACCAAGUCAAUGUUUCCCAAGAGGAAACCUGGCACGUCAAAGCUGAUGGACGGCCUGCCUCUGUCCAUUCGGCCUCGGACACAAAAGUCUUUAGCAAGAGAAUCGUCAUGCUCGUUGUGGCUCUUGGUAUCUUCACUUACCACUCAAUGACAUAUGAUCACCUCUUGCCCAUCUUCUUCCAAGACAAGCGCGUAGAUGACCGUUCUCUGCUUGGGACUGACAACGGCUUCUUGGCUGGUGGUCUCGGCUUGUCCGUCCAAGAUGUUGGCCUCAUCAUGAGUGUCAAUGGCCUCAUUGCUCUUGUCAUCCAGGCCAUUGUCUUUCCACUACUCGCCUCGUGGCUCGGUAUCUGGCAACUCUUCAUCGCGGUCACUGUGGGCCACCCUAUCGCAUAUGUCAUUGUACCCUACCUCUCCAUCCUCCCCGAACACCUUCUCUACCCUGGCAUCUAUGCGUGCCUGGCUGUCCGAAACCUGUUCUCCAUCGUCGCCUACCCCCUUCUUCUCAUCCUCCUCAAAGAGUCUACGCCCGCGCCUUCUCAUCUUGGCAAGAUCAAUGGUCUGGCUGCCAGCACUGGCGCUGCAUGCCGCACACUCGCCAGUCCAAUCGCAGGUCUUCUCUAUGGCUACGGAAGCGAGCUUGACUUUACUGCUUUGGCGUGGUGGGCAAGUGCCCUUAUCGCCAUUGCUGGCGCUUGUCAGCUCCCUUUUAUGCGACGCAAGACUCGUAUUGAAGAGACAAGAGUGCACACCGCUGCCCCUUGCCGCUUCCUCCCAGGAGAGGUCGUACAAAAGCAUGAAGUCGUGCGUAUCCUAGUCGAUGAUGACUUUGACUGUGAAGAGGAAGUCUGAGCAUUCGCGAGCCGUCCUUGAUAUCGGUAUACAACGACACAGAAGCUUGUCAUUUCACGGCCUUUGACGAUCUGUGGCCCAAGACCUCCCGCCUGAUUACGUUCUUCAUUCCGGUAAUGCGUUCACGAAGUUAUUAAUGAGUUAUGCAUGUUUGUGGUUUUACGGCGUUGUGCGAAAGGUGACAGAGUAGAGCGCGAUACCACACUGUUUGAGCGCCUACUUUCCGGUCUUUGCUUUUGCAAA